UCAGGCCUCUGGGCUGAAGUCACGGUACGCGCUCUCACUCGAAGGAAAGAGGGGGAAAUGGAGGAAUUCGUGAGGAGCCAUGCCAUAGCUGCCGCUUCCGCCGUCACCUUCUCCACCGCUUUUGUCUACCCGCUUGACACCCUGAAGACGCUGCUCCAAGUCGGUGCAGGUACUGGACCGAAAUUGGACAUUAGACAAGUUUGUGGCAGAUUACAAUCCAUAGCAGGCCUUUCUGGAUUUUACAGUGGGUUUGGUUGGACGGUGUUGGGUAGAAUACCAGCAAUUGGAACUCGAUUUGGACUCUAUGAGCUUUUCACAGCUUUCUACAAAGAUGGUCGAGAGGACAAUCAUGUUUAUGUUUCUGAGGCUCUUUUAGCUGGCUUAGCAUCUGGGGCUGUAGAAGCUGUCAUAAGUACGCCGUUUGAUCUUUUUAAGCUACGCAUGCAGGUUGCUUCUGCCUGUCAUAGUUCUUCUCUCAAGCAUCAUCAUGCAGAUGAAAUUGUAAAACCAAUCAUUGCAAAACUGCUGCCUGGUUAUGUGCCAGAUAAGUUAGCUUGGGUCCAUAAUGCUGAUCUUCUAUCUAAGCUACCUAACAAGCAUCCCAACCUCAUUGAUGCUCUAAAGGGAUACCCAUGGUUGUUAACUGGGUCUGGGAGGCAACCUUCAGCAUAUGAUGUCAAAGGGCCUUCACAAGUUGUCACCUUAGAAGGAUGGAGUUCCAUUUGGAGAGGUCUUAGACCAGGAUUAUUUCGUGACUCAAUCUUCAGUGGCAUUUUCUUUUCAUGUUGGCAAGCUAUUCAUAUUGCAUUACUUGAGUGGAAGAGCCUUGAGAUGGAUCACCCCCAAAGGUUCCCUGAAGAAAUUAGUUCAAUUUCCCCAAUAGAAGCUUCCAUAGCAGCUGGAAUUUCUGGUUCGAUUGCUGCUGCUUCUUCCCAUUCUUUUGAUACUGCUAAAAGUAGAUCACAAUGUGUUGUUAUUCCUAAGUAUAUUGCUAUGGAAAGGAAGCUUCUCAAAUGGAAGCCACCUGGAACUUGGUUUGAAAGGCUUUCUGGCAUCCAUCCAGCGGAUAGGCAGAUGCUAUCUCGCGGAAUAGGUCUUCGCAUGGUUCGGAGUGGUGUAGCCUGCACUGCAUUGGUUGGAAGCUACUUCUUGGCAGUUGAUUAUCUUUUGUGAUGGAAAGCUGUCUACUUACAUUGCCUACAAAACAAGAUCUUGCUUAUUACUCUCAACAAGAAGUGCCUAGCAUCUCUACUAGAACGUAAAUUUUUAGCAUAUCAAGCUUACAGAACGUACACAUUAGCAGAGCUCCAGGAAGCCAAUUUUCAAUCUCAUUUCCCUGCAUUUAUGACAUGCAGGUAAGAUGGAUGUUUUCUUUUCUUUGAUUAAGGAGAAAAUACCAACAAAAGUGAACCAGUUGGCUGUUGGUCUUAUCUUUUUGACUGAUUGUUCCUACUAGAGCAUGACUCUUGUCCAGGAGGUCAAAAAUAUGUAGUCACCAAUAGUAAGGUCUGAAUUAUUACUAAAACAAAAAAUAGUAAGUAUAUUUUGGAAGUAAACUUGUAUUCUUUCAAUGUACACUAUAUGGUAUUUGCCAGCAACCAUGAUUUUUUACACCAGAUUCUGAACUUAGUUACCCUUAUGAAACUUGUAUACAAUGAUCAGACAACCAUGUAAAACAAGCUUCUGCC